AUGUUCAACAUCUAUGGACCAACCAAAAUAGAAGACAAGCGUAAGGUGUGGUGUGAGGUGACGGAGCUGGCUCUUAGAUUGGAUCUGGGGAAAGUUGUCAUGGCGGGGGAUUUCAAUGCAAUUCUUAGUGUAGAGGAUAAAAGGGGUGGUUUAAGGAAGCCUUCUAAGGUGGCAGAAGAUUUUAUGGAUUUUGUUACCAAUUGUAAAGUGGUUGAUAUCAUCCCCAAGAAUGGGUCCUUUACUUGGAAUAACAGAAGGCGAGAUUUUAGAGAUAUUGCUGAAAGAUUGGACAGGUUCUUUGUAGGGGAGUGGUGGUUGUUAAGCCAUCAUUCCAUCUAUUCUACUAUUGAACCCCAAAGUGGGUUGGAUCAUUAUCCAAUAUCACUAAACAUAGGGCAAGACACUGAGCAGCAUAAGAAUUAUUUCAAAUUUCUUAGUAUGUGGUGGCAGGACCCGACACUUCUCAGUCAUAUUAAAAGCUGGUGGAUUGAAAGUAAUGUUUUCUUUGGUUCCCCUAGUUUCAAAUUCACAAAAAGGUUACAAUUCAUCAAAAGGAGAUUAAAGGAUUGGAACCAAACUUCCUUCAAAAACAUCUUCACAGAAAAAGCUAGGAUUGAAGAUGAAUUAGAAGCAGUCAACUCAUUAGUAAUGGCUCGUGGAAUGACAAAAGUGGAAUUCAAAGCUAAAAAAUCCCUUAAGAAUCAGUAUUCUGAGAUUCUACGGAGAGAAGAAUUGUACUGGAGGGACAAGGAGAGGGAGCAUUGGGUAGCUGAGGGUGAUAUGAACACCAAAUUUUCCCAUGCCUCUGUAAAGGCAAGAAAAUGCGCCAACAGAAUCUGUUCGAUCCAAGACAUGAAUAACUCCUAA